CCUACGUCCUAGUAUAAAAGCAUGCUAACUCAUAAUUAUAACAGUAGCAAAGUAGUAGUACAUAACUGAAAAUGAAUCUCUCCAUAUUUGCGGCGUUUGUUCUGAUUGCAUUUAAUGCAGGUGCAUUGGCUGAGAAUUGUCCAGAUGGAUCUGAAAUUUAUGCUUGGGGCAUUGAUGAAGAAGGAAAAAGAACUGUGGUUGAUGAACAUAAUCGCUAUCGUCAAAUGAUUUUGGACGGUACCGUACCGAAUCAACCUAAAGGAAGAGAUGUUCUGUUGAUUGAAGGCUUCGACGACAACUUAGCCAACGAAGGCAGAAAAGUAUCUAAGAAUUGCAAGAUGGAGCACAUCAUCGGUUCUGAUGACCGUUGGAGUUGGGUUGGACAAAAUUUAUACAUCAGCUGGAGUUCGGAAAAUUCACCUGGUCAGGAUUGGGCAGCUGCUGUUAACAGCUGGUAUUCAGAACAUAAAAAUUUUAUAUAUCCUGAUCAAUCUACUGGCGUAACUGGACAUUAUACUCAGGUAAUCUGGCACGACUCAAACACCUUAGGUUGUGAUUUCAUUCAGUACUAUGACAAAAAUCAACCGCAAUAUCCAUACGCAAAAUUAUAUACUUGCAACUAUGGACCUGGGGGCAAUUGGCAGGGUGAAGCACCUUACGAGCGCGCUUAAGUCUUUAUCUCUUAUAUUAUGCACAAUAUUAUUGUGCCCAAAAAAUAAUUUUGAAUUUUAUUAAUGUAAAUUUUCAUUAUUAUUUUAUGUUAAAAUUAAAAUUACUGCAGCAAAA